AUGGCCCAAAACUUAAACCCCCAGGCUCGCAUCUCACACCUGCCACGAGCAGAUGGUUCGGCAACCUUCUCAAGGGGCGGUUAUUGCGUGGUUUCGUCCGUCAAUGGGCCGAUGGAAGUGCAAAGACGAGAUGAAAACCCCUUUGAAUCGGUUGUUGAUGUUGUCGUAAGACCUGCUGCAGGGGUCGGAGGCACGGGAGAACGCCAACUCGAAAACAUUUUGCAGUCCGCCCUCCGUCAGCUCAUUCCCGUCAAGAACUUUCCUCGAUGCCUCAUCCAGAUCACACUUCAGGUGACGGAAACCCCCCAAAAUGACUACGCGAACAGCAAAGUUGUCCAAGCUCAGUCGAGCUUGACCCUCCUGCCGGCUCUGUUCCACAGUGCCGUCUUGAGUUUGCUGUCGGCCGCCGUGCCCUUGAAAGCUAUUGCCACAUGCACCACGCUGGCCAUCCUAGAGGACGGCAGCAAGAUCAUCGCUGACCCGUCUCCUCUGGAGGCAGAUCAUGCAAAAUCUCUCCAUGUUUUGAGUUUCACAUCGCAGGACGACCUGCUGCUGGCGGAAAGCGAGGGAGCCUUUACCAUUGCCGAGUGGGAUAAAGUGGUCAGCACAGGCCAGAAGGUUUGCGGCCAGCAUCGCGAAGCGGAACUUGGCUCAGGCAUGCACGAAGAAGGUCAAGACUGGAACGACAUGCGGCAAUUCAUCCGGACAGUAAUGGAAGCCAGAGCUGCGUAA